UUAUAUCAAAAGCAACAUUGGACUGUCAUUCUGAGCAGUCAACAACGCGUCAAAAAACACAUUCCCGACUACCGAUUUCCGUGAUCUUGUACACACUACGCUGGUGCGCGACUCGACAUCUGGCACAGGCGAGUCUCAUCCGGACACUUUUGUGCCUCAUUGGGCGGCUACUGGACUCAUUACUUGUGCCGGAGUCGAAACAGGAGACUUACUGCACAGGAUCUGGUCUGACAUUGUUCGUGCAUCCCGACACUGACCGUGGCAAGACGCGAUGCCUUACAACAAUGCGCCUAUUGAGCCACCGGACGAGAUCACUGGCUCGUCUGUUCUUCCUCGUCAGUCACUGUUCAAUGGGCUCUGUGCUCUGUGCUCUGGGCACUCUCCACUAACACGGACCAGUUGCGCGCGUAAAGAAGAUCAUUGCCAUGGACGAAGACGUGGCUCAAUGCUCCACCACGGCAGCUUUUGCGAUAUCAAUAGCGACGGAAGAAUUCAUCCGCUACUUGGCCGAACAGUCACACAAUGUCGUGAAAUCCGAACGAAAACCGCGAAGGAAUAUCGCGUAUAAAGACAUUGCCACAGCAAUAUCCAGAAUUGACAAUCUCGAGUUCUUGUCAGACACGGUGCCAAAAACAAAGACGUAUCGACAGUUUCGAGAAGAAAAGGCUCAAGAAGCUGCAGCAAAAGCAGCCUCAUCAACAGCAGCCCCGGUGAAUGGAGUCAAUGGCGAGAGUGGCUCUGUAUCAAUAGAAGCCAUGAUGAAGAAUCAGCAACAGAACGGGGUCAAUGGAGCUAAUGGGUCUUCGAACGAUAUGUCGGGUAGUCCUAUUGCUCACAGAUCAGUUCAUUCGCGGAAUCAUAGUCAUCCAGACCCAAUUCGAGACAUUGAGAUGACUGACUGAGCCGAAUUGGUGGAAUGCAAUCAUGUUGCGAGCCUUUUCAUUACCGGAACUCAAAAUGUAUUGUACUUAUGUCAGUGGAUGAGGAAUGACUGUAUCAUGGCGAUCGUAACAAAAGCAAGGCUGGAUGACCAUUGUUGGCUUUAGGUCGUCCUCAAUAUCAUUUGACGCUCAACUUGCGCUGACUCACUGGGAGGACGCACGGCUAACGGGCUUAAAGCCCUUUUGAGCCUGCGAGGUUAUGGUAGAACAGCUGCUGGUAGAUAGGUCUAGUAUAAGAAGACUGAGG